UUUAUGCUUAUCACGAUUCUUCUUCUUCAGUUGUGAUCUGAUCUGAGUCUUUGAAUCACAUUUCACUCUCUCGCCGGACUCUUCCUCCUGAACUUCAUCGCUUUCAAGUUCUCUAGGUCUUUGAAUCGGGAAAGUGCUGCUAGGGAAAUGGGAAGAGAGAAGAAGAGUCCUGGCUUGAAGAUCCUCUGGAUCUGGACUCUCGGCACUGCUGCUAUAUUGGUGACGAGUGUUGUCCGCACAAGAAUGCAGGAUAUGGAAUCUAUGAUGAACCAGGAACAAGUACCGAAACAAAACCAGAACACAAGUGCAGGUAAAGUCGUCUUAACGGAUGAAACAGUUUUGCCCGAGUCGGAUCGAGAGAUUGCGAAAGAACUCAAAUGAAGAACAGCCUACUUCUGCUGUCUUUUCUUCUUUUCUGAUCUUCCUUUUCAGUGUUCCAUCAAGAUGAUGAAACAGGUUUUUAUGGUUUUGGUAUGUGUAAUUUGCGACUAUAAUUAGAAGAUCCUAGAUGUUAGAAGGUGAAUCGACCAAGAAGCUUGAUGAGGAGUGCUUUCGCAGUUUUUUUCUUUCUAUGUGAAUAUUAUAAAAAGCUAGCUAAAAUUUUGUUUGAAUAAAUUUAUUAUCAAGUUUGCAUUUUUCAA